AUGAAUUAUACAAGUUAUAUCUUGGCUUUUCAGCUCUGCAUCAUUUUGGGUUCUUCAAGCUGUUACUGCCAGGCCACAUUUUUUAAAGAAAUAGAAAAUCUCAAGGAAUAUUUUAAUGCAAGCACUUCAGAUGUAGCAGAUGGGAAGCCUCUUUUCAUAGAUAUUUUGAAGGACUGGAAAGAGGAGAGUGACAAAAAAAUAAUUCAGAGCCAAAUUGUCUCCUUCUACUUCAAACUCUUUGAAAGCUUAAAAGACAACCAGCACAUCCAGAAGAGCAUGGACACCAUCAAGGAAGACCUGUUUGUUAAGUUCUUCAACAGCAGCAGCAACAAACUGAAUGACUUCGUAAAGCUGACUCAGAUUCCGGUAAAUGACCCACAGGUCCAACGCAAAGCCAUCAGUGAACUCAUCAAAGUGAUGAAUGACCUGUCUCCAAGAUCUGUCCUAAAGAAGAGAAAAAGGAGUCGGUGCUGCUUUGGGGCUGCAGAGCAUCCAAUUAAGACUCGUCCUUCCAGCAUUAGUUGA